CCGGGGCUACCCAGAGCCCCAAGUGACAUGGCACAGAAACGGACAACCCAUCACCAGUGGGGGCCGCUUCCUGCUGGACUGUGGUACCCGGGGGACUUUCAGCCUUUUGAUUCAUGCUGUGCUUGACGAGGACAAGGGAAAGUAUACCUGUGAAGCCACCAAUGGCAGUGGUGCCCGCCAGGUGACGGUGGAGUUGACGGUAGAAGGGAGCUCUGUGAAGAAGCCUGGUCAGCCUGUUGUUUCCAAAGCCUUGGGGGACAGAUUUGCAGUCCCUGCUGUGGAGACCCGUCCUAGCAUCUGGGGAGAAUGUCCACCAAAAUUUGCUACCAAGCUGGGCCGAGCGGUGGUCAGAGAAGGACAGAUGGGGCGGUUCUCCUGCAAGAUCACUGGCCGACCCCAGCCACAGGUCACCUGGCUCAAGGGAGACAUUCCCCUGCAGCCCAGUGCCCGUGUGUCUAUGUCUGAGAAGAAUGGGAUGCAAGUCCUGGAAAUCCACGAGGUCACCCAAGAUGAUGUGGGAGUGUACACGUGCAUGGUGGUGAACGGGUCAGGGAAGGCCUCCAUGUCUGCUGAGCUUUCCAUCCAAGGUUUGGACAAUUCCAGUAGGUCACUCGUGAGAGGAACAAAGGUGGCCGGUAUGGACAUCAGGAAGGAAGUGACCAAUGGAGUUACUCAGGGGCCCAAACCAGACAGCCUGGAGGCUGCUGCCGAGAGUAAGACCGGCCCCAGCACCCAGCGAGGCAGCUCCCCGACCUGGGCCACAGGGAGCCAGCCUCAACCCCCCAGGGAAUCUGAGCUGGAGCCAGUGGGGGACUCCCCCAGAAAGGGCCAGAGGACCCCCAUCCUGCAGAAGACCUCCAGCACCAUCACCCUGCAGGCGGCAAAAGUCCAGCUAGAGCCCAGAGUACCAGUCCUGGGAACCCCCUGUCCUUCCAGAGAAGAGAGGGAGGGGCCAACUGCAGCCCCUCCAGACACCCUCCCCACCAGGAGGUCAGGCCUGGGAAGCCAAGACACUGCGGGCAAGGUCGCUACGAGGAAGGUCUCCAUGGAGAGCCAGAGAGACACCAUGUUUCCCAAAUUUGAGAGCAGGCCCCAGAGCCAGGAGGUCAGUGAAGAUCAGCCAGUCGAGUUCAGAUGCGAGGUUUCAGGGAUCCCAAAACCUGAUGUGACCUGGUUCCUGGACGGUGUCCCCGUGAGGAGUCAAGAGGGCACCAUCGAGGUUUAUGAAGCUGGGGGGGCCCAUUACCUCUGCCUGCGGAGAGCCCGGGCCCGGGACAGCGGGAACUAUAGCUGCACAGCCGCCAACGUCCGAGGCCAGGUGUCCUGUCGCUGGACCCUCCUGGUGAAAAAGCCAGCCGUGGUGGAGGUGGCCCCUUCGUUCUCCAGUGCCCUGAGGGACUGCACCGUCGUUGAGGGCCAGGACUUUGUGCUGCAAUGCUCAGUACAGGGGACCCCAGUGCCUCGAAUCACUUGGCUGCUCAAUGGACAGCCCAUCCAGUAUGCCCGCUCCACCUGCGAGGCUGGCGUGGCCGAGCUCCACAUCCAGGACACCCUCCCGGAGGACGAUGGCACUUACACCUGUCUGGCUGAGAACACCAUGGGGCAGGUGUCCUGCAGUGCCCGCGUCACUGUCCAGGAGAAGAAGAGUGAGGAGAAGAGUGAGUACCUCCUGCCUGCGGCCCCCAACAAGCCCGUCGCACCCCUCUUCCUGCAGGGCCUCUCCGAUCUCCAAGUCAUGGACGGGAGCCAGGUCACCAUGACAGUCCAGGUGUCAGGGAACCCGCCCCCGGAGGUCAUCUGGCUUCACGAUGGGAAUGAGAUCCAGGAGUCCGAGGACUUCCACUUUGAACAGAGAGGCACUCAGCACAGCCUGUGUAUCCAGGAAGUGUUCCCGGAGGACACGGGCACUUACACCUGUGAGGCCUGGAACAGCGCUGGAGAGGUCCGCACACAGGCCGUGCUCACUGUGCAAGAGCCACAGGAUGGCACCCAGCCCUGGUUCAUCAGCAAGCCCCGCUCAGUGACUGCCUGCCUGGGCCAGAGUGUCCUUAUCUCCUGUGCCAUAGCCGGCGACCCCUUCCCCACUGUGCACUGGCUCCGAGAUGGCAAAGCCCUCUCCAGAGACACUGGCCACUUUGAGGUGCUUCAGAAUGAGGAUGUGUUCACCCUGGUGCUGAAAAACGUGCAGCCCUGGCACGCCGGCCAGUAUGAGAUCCUGCUCAAGAACCGUGUUGGCCAAUGCAGUUGCCAGGUGUCCCUGAUGCUACAGAGCAGCCCGGCCAGAGUGGUCCUGCGGGGGAGGGAGCCUGCCAGCUGCGAGGGCCUCUGUGGCCGAGGAGCUGGUGCUGAUGGUGGCGGUGGUGGUGCCAGCUACGGGAGCCUGAGGCCUGGCUGGCCGGCGGCGAGAGGGCAGGGUGCCCCCGCGGAAGACGACGGCGAGGACGUGCGUGGGGUGCUCAAGAGGCGCGUGGAGACACGGCAGCACACGGAGGAGGCCGUUCGCCAGCAGGAGGUGGAGCAGCUGGACUUCCGUGACCUCCUGGGCAAGAAGGUGAGUACAAAGACCUUGUCUGAAGAGGACCUGAAGGAGAUCCCAGCUGAGCAGAUGGAUUUCCGCGCCAACCUGCAGCGGCAAGUGAAGCCAAAGACCCUGUCAGAGGAGGAAAGGAAGGUGCAUGGCCCCCAGCAGGUGGACUUCCGCUCUGUCCUGGCCAAGAAGGGGACUCCCAAGACCCCUGUGCCUGAGAAAGUACCCCCUCCAAAACCUGCCACCCCAGAUUUUCGCUCGGUGUUGGGCAGUAAGAAAAAAUUACCAACAGAGAAUGGUAGCGAUAACACUGAGGCCUUGAAUGCCAAGGCAGCAGAAGGUCCCAAGCCUGUGGGCAAUGCCCAGCCUUCAGGGUUCCUGAAACCCGUUGGCAACACCAAGCUGGCUGAUGCCCCCAAACCCUUGGGAAAACCCUUGGAUAACGCCAAGCCAGCUGAGGCCCCCAAACACUUGGGCAAUGCCAAGCCAGCUGAAAUCCCAAAAUCCAGUGGGAAAGAAGAACUUAAGAAGGAGGUUAAGAAUGAUGUGAACUGCAAGAAGGGCCAUGCAGGGGCCACAGAUAGUGAAAAGAGACCAGAGAACCAAGGGACAGCCCCGACCUUCAAGGAGAAGCUGCGAGAUCUCCGUGUGGCAGAGGGUCAGAAGCUGCUGCUCCUGUGCCAAGUGUCCUCUGACCCCCCGGCCACCAUCACCUGGACACUGAAUGGAAAGACGCUCAAGACCACCAAGUUCAUCGUCCUCUCCCAAGAAGGUUCCUUGUGCUCCGUCUCCAUCGAGAAGGCACUGCCCGAGGACAGAGGCUUAUAUAAGUGUAUAGCCAAGAACAGUGCCGGUCAGGCUGAGUGCUCCUGCCAAGUCACCGUGGACGUUCCAGAUGCCCCCGCCAGCGAGAAUGCCAAGGCCCCGGAGAUGAAAGCCCGGAGGCCAAAGAGCUCUCUUCCUCCAGUGCUGGGAACAGAGAGUGAUGCAACUGUGAAAAAGAAGCCUGCCCCCAAGACACCUCCGAAGGCAGCCAUGCCACCUCAGAUCAUCCAGUUUCCUGAGGACCAGAAGGUGCGAGCAGGAGAGUCUGUGGAGCUGUUUGGUAAGGUGACCGGCACCCAGCCCAUCACCUGCACCUGGAUGAAGUUCCGAAAGCAGAUCCAGGACAGUGAGCACAUCAAGGUGGAGAACAGUGAGCAGGGCAGCAAGCUCACCAUCCGGGCGGCGCGCCAGGAGCACUGUGGCUGCUACACCCUGCUGGUGGAGAACAAACUGGGCAGCAGGCAGGCCCAGGUCAACCUCACCGUGGUGGACAAGCCAGACCCCCCAGCCGGCACGCCUUGUGCCUCUGACAUCCGAAGUUCCUCACUGACCUUGUCCUGGUAUGGCUCCUCGUAUGAUGGGGGCAGCGCCGUACAGUCAUACAGUGUCGAGAUCUGGGACUCAGUGGACAAGACGUGGAAGGAACUAGCCACAUGCCGCAGCACUUCUUUCAACGUUCAAGACCUGCUGCCUGACCGAGAGUAUAAAUUCCGUGUGCGUGCAAUCAAUGUCUAUGGAACCAGUGAACCAAGCCAGGAGUCUGAACUCACAGCCUUGGGAGAGAAACCUGAAGAAGAGCCGAAGGACGAAGUGGAGGUGUCAGAUGAUGAUGAGAAGGAGCCUGAGGUCGACUACCGGACCGUCACGGUCAAUACCGAGCAGAAAGUGUCCGACUUCUACGACAUCGAAGAGAGACUAGGAUCUGGGAAAUUUGGACAGGUCUUUCGACUUGUAGAAAAGAAAACUGGAAAAAUCUGGGCAGGGAAAUUCUUCAAGGCAUAUUCGGCCAAAGAGAAAGAGAACAUCCGGCAGGAGAUCAGCAUCAUGAACUGCCUGCACCACCCCAAGCUGGUCCAGUGCGUGGACGCCUUCGAAGAAAAGGCCAACAUCGUCAUGGUCCUGGAGAUCGUGUCCGGGGGCGAGCUGUUCGAGCGCAUCAUUGAUGAGGACUUUGAGCUGACGGAGCGGGAGUGCAUCAAGUACAUGAAGCAGAUCUCAGAGGGGGUGGAGUACAUCCACAAGCAGGGCAUCGUCCACCUGGACCUCAAGCCCGAGAACAUCAUGUGUGUCAACAAGACAGGCACCAGGAUCAAGCUCAUCGACUUCGGUCUGGCCAGGAGGUUGGAGAAUGCGGGGUCUCUGAAGGUCCUCUUUGGCACCCCGGAGUUCGUCGCACCUGAAGUGAUCAACUAUGAGCCCAUUGGCUACGCCACGGACAUGUGGAGCAUCGGGGUCAUCUGCUACAUCCUGGUCAGUGGACUGUCCCCCUUCAUGGGUGACAAUGACAACGAAACCUUAGCCAACGUUACCUCAGCCACCUGGGACUUCGACGACGAGGCCUUCGACGAGAUCUCUGAUGAUGCCAAGGAUUUUAUCAGCAACUUGCUGAAGAAGGAUAUGAAAAACCGUUUGAACUGCACCCAGUGCCUUCAGCAUCCAUGGCUAAUGAAAGACACCAAGAACAUGGAGGCCAAGAAACUCUCCAAGGAUCGGAUGAAGAAGUACAUGGCAAGAAGGAAAUGGCAGAAAACGGGCAAUGCUGUGAGAGCCAUCGGAAGACUGUCCUCUAUGGCAAUGAUCUCAGGGCUCAGUGGCAGGAAAUCCUCAACAGGGUCACCAACCAGCCCGCUCAAUGCAGAAAAACUAGAAUCUGAAGAAGAUGUCUCCCAAGCUUUCCUGGAGGCUGUUGCUGAGGAGAAGCCCCAUGUAAAACCCUACUUUUCUAAGACCAUUCGUGAUUUAGAAGUUGUGGAGGGAAGUGCUGCUAGAUUUGACUGCAAGAUUGAAGGAUACCCGGACCCUGAAGUCGUCUGGUUCAAAGAUGACCAAUCAAUCCGGGAGUCCCGCCACUUCCAGAUAGACUACGACGAGGAUGGGAACUGCUCUUUAAUCAUUAGUGAUGUUUGCGGGGAUGAUGAUGCCAAGUACACCUGCAAGGCUGUCAACAGUCUUGGAGAAGCCACCUGCACAGCAGAGCUCAUUGUGGAAACCAUGGAGGAAGGAGAAGGAGAAGGGGGAGAAGAGGAGGAGGAAGAGUGAAACAAAGCCAGAGAGAAGCAGUUUCUAAGUCAUAUUACAAAGACUAUUUUUCUAAAGCUCAAAAAAAAAAACAAAACAAAAACCCGCAAGAUAGUAAAAGCACCCAGUGUGAUAGAUUAGUUAGGUUAUUUGGGGGUUGAUUCUUCAGCAGCAGUGGUUGACACCUAGUAGCGUUAUUGAUGGGCAUUACUUUAAAUUAGCUGGUACCUUAAGAUACUAGUACAGCUAGAUUUCAUUUGGGGAAAUCACCAGUAACUUUCUGACUAACUGAUUUUAGAGAAAAAGUAACCAAAAGGGAGCUUUAUCUGGGCAAAGUCAUAAUUCCCCAACUGAAAGCACUCAUGAAAAAUAAGGCCCUCUGGUCACAGCCAGCCCGAGGGUCCCUGGAUACAGGGACUCCCCAGCUCCUCCUCCAGGGAACUGCGUCUUCUCCAGGCCUGUGGCACUUCAUUCUGCAGGCAGUUGAGCCAUUUUAAUUUAUGAGGCACAUUAUUUCCAAAGUAUACCAUAGACAUUUGAACUUUUCAUUUCCAUCCCCUGUUCGACCUGCCAGUUUUUCUGGAUCUGGACUUGCCAUGAGUUUAAGCAUUAGGGACACUUCCUAGAUUCUGAAGACAUGUCUCCUGCUCAUGGAUGACUGACUUCCUUAAAAAAUAAAAUCUCCUUUCUUCCAAAAUCAGUAGGAAAUCUAAACUUAUCCCCUCUGAAGAUGUCUAGCAGCUUCAGACAUUUUUAUAAGAACCUAUGGGGAAAAAAAUCCUUGUUAAUGUGCUUUUUUCCCCUGAAACCAGGAUUCCUUUUUGUGCUGUUUAGAAUAUCAGCUCUGCAUGUGUGGUAAAGAUUUUUGUGUUUGAAUGUAUGAAAAAGCAGUUUGCCGAAAAGUUAGUCUUAAUUAUUUAUUGGCCACUAUGAAACAGCUUUCAACUGAAGAGCUAUAGAACUCCAUGUACUUUGAAAUCUCAGUCAGGAUAGUCUGAGAUUAAUAUACCUUCAUUUUUAAACAUGUUCCAAACAGCUCUGUCUACCGUCUGGGUUCCACAAAGUUCUUUGUGGAUGUGUAUCAAUCAUGCCUUGCCCCCAACCUUGAAAUAUAUUCUUAACCUGAUACAUGCACUCAGACUUGCAUCUUUAGGAAUUUCUUCUUUCACUACAUUGGCACUUAAAUUUUUCUUCAUAAAACUUUUUGCAGGUCAUAAACAAAGACCAUAAACUGAUAUGCCUAAUGCAUUUCCUCUGUGUGUAACAUUCCAAAUACUUUUUUCUUUUCAUCCACUAUUUGUAAAGUGCAGCAAUUUAAUAUUUCAAGGGCCUUUUAAAGAGUUCUAUAAGAACCAAUUUUAAAUUACUUCAGUGCAAUCCUACACAGUAUCAGCAUUAGAAUUUUGAUGUUACUUAGUCUUAUGUUAUCUUCCAUUCUAUUUUUAUCUGCUUCUUGCUGCUAGUUUCAAAUUGCCAGUAUUUUGCUUUUUAAGCAGUUACAAUAUUUUUCAUAAUAGCCACAGUAUUGCCACAGUUUAUUAUAAUAAAGCAUUUUAAAGUUUAGAGCAUUCAAAGCUUUUCUUCAUCACUUUUCAUUGUAUCUAGACUAUAACCUUUGUGUGCGUGUAUGUUGUAUACGUGUGGGCAUGUGUGGUGUGUAUUUUUGUUUACAAGUUUUUUGAUGCCUUCUUGAAGUUGUGUUAAUGUUCUCCCAGUUUAUUAUGCCAUCAGAAUGGUAAAUGAGAACACUACAACUGUAGUUAGCUCACAAUUUUUAAAUAAAGGAUACCACAGUGCAUGCUG